UCCUCAUUUGCCGUUGUGGGUUUGAUCCUCCUCUUCGCCGACGGACCCGCUUCUGCCCGGAUUCAAAUCCCGGCGAACGAAUCCGUGCCGGCAGCUUUAGUGUUCGGCGAUUCAAUCGUCGAUACGGGGAACAACAACAAGAUCCUUACUUCCCCUGCUAGAUGCAACUUCUCGCCCUACGGCAAGGAUUUCUACGGCGGAGUUCCCACCGGAAGAUUCUCGAACGGGAAGGUCCCGUCCGAUUUCCUAGGUUCGUCUUAUCGUUUCAAUUCAUCAAAUUCAGAAUUCCUUUUUGGUUCGCUAAAAAUUGGGUUUCCUCUGUUUUCCUUUUUUGGCAGUGGAAAAAUCAAAACCCACUACAGUUUCCUUUUGCCGCCACCACAUCCCUUCCACUGCCUUCGCCUCCUUCAAGAAUGA